GUUAUCUGGUUGCUAUAGCAACAAGCUGUUGCUCUCAGCACCACCGAAGAAGACGCUCCGUUCUCCUGAGGUCUGUUUAAAAUUAGCGUGUUUUCAGCGGACUUUUCAUUGAAAAAGAGCUGGCGGAUGGAGACCUCUUCACAGAGUACAGCUGGCAGAGGACUGUGGAACAAUCCCAGAGUCACCCAGUGUAGCAGGGAGGCCCAAAACAUGCUGAAAUUAAUGAAGGAGGAAUCAAGACUUGCCAACAUUCAGAGAAGGGAGAUUGAUAAAUGUCCAAAAAACAGGGCAGCUUUGCCUUUCACCUCUGAUGCCACACCGUCGUCUACUUCCAGUAAAUCUAUACAGAAACAACUGCCAGGCAUUUGUCAGAAACGCAGCGCUGAAUGUUGUCGGUCUGGGAACAGCUACACGAGAGAAAAGUUCCGUCCUGGUCCUACACGAGACUUAGAGAAGGAGAAGAAGAGGCUUCAGAACAUUUUGGCAACAGGAAAAGAAGAGGCCUCAGCUGCAUCUCCUCACAAAGCUCCUGCAUGUCGUGACCCAGAGGUGUCAGAGGAGGAGGAUCGGUAUGAGGAAGUUCUGAAUGAAAUAGAGGAGAGAAGACAGUUCCUGGCAGAUAUGGCCUCACUGGGUCAGGAGAAGAACUACAUUGACAUUAUCAACACAGAGAUAUCACAGAAAAUUCGAGAACUGGAGGUGUUGGACAAGGCCCACAGUUCCAAGUAGGACGCAGUGAUGGAGUGGAGGACGGACAACAGAAACUGUGGCAGCAGAGAACACUGACUGGACAUGUUGUUGUCAGGUUCUUUUAAAGUUUUAACUUGGAAACUAUGAAUAGAUUGAAUCAAAACCAUCCAACACAAAGCUUAGAAUGUGAGGAGUUAAGUCUGAUGUCUGCAGAAAGGCUACAAACCUAAUAGCUGCUUUGUGCUUCAACAGUACAGCAGUGAAAUCAACAAGCAUGAUCUACUUGCAUGAACUUUCUUUAUUCCUCUGCCUUCCAGUGUCAGUAUUUUACUUAAUCCUGCUGCUGGUUUACGACAAUGUAUAGCUGACAAAAGUGUGGCGCUACAGAAGCCCUUGGUUUCAGCUGGACAGGUAAAUAGGCACAGAGCAGAAACAGACAUAACAGAGAUUACCAUUUAAAAUGGAGGACAAAUACAUAAACUAGAUGACAAAACAAGAACAGAAUGAGUAAACUUACAUACAUUAGCAUUAGCUGAACGGACGAUGUUCACCCACGUAUGCAAUUAAAUAAAUGGCACUCAAACACUCAAUAUUAACAUGUUUUCUUCUAUCCAUUUUAAGGCGAAACAGAACAGAAAGGCAUAAUAAAAUAUAAAAUUAAUGAUUGCAUAUUCAGAUUUUUCCCCAGUGGUUAAAACUGUUAUAAAAUGGGCUACCGUUGAUAAAAUACGGUUAUUGCAUGUGUGACCUUUUGUAUUAAAACAGACAUCUGCAGUUUGAUACUUUUUAAUAUUCUACUCCUCACAUUUUCUCUCCAGUCACACCCACUCAUAAAUACUGUAUCUACGUUCGUAAACACAAGGAAAUGACAAACAAUAUAGCAGCUACAAGUCUUUAGGUAUCCUUUGUUGAUUGAGGAUUUUAAGAGUACAUGUUGAAGUUUAAAGCAAAUUUUAUCUUAAAAACCUUUUAAUUCUACUAGUACCACAGGCUUAAAUAUGACAUUAAACCUCAGACAUCCAUCCUAUGAAGGAGCACAGGAGAGGAUAUUGAAGGAGCGUACGUCAGGUUAAGAGUAAAAACAUGAAAAACUCAUCGAUAUUGGGGAUCAACAUAAACUAACUUCAUUCAGCGCGAACAGACGAGACACCUUUGCUGAACCUUGAUGAAGGCCUAAAGGACAGAGUCGCUGUGCAAUGCAGGGAAAGUGAAGCAACAACAUACAACAGAUCAGUGCAGUAAUACAUAAACCCGCUCUACACUUCACUAGCUUGAAUAUUCAGAGCUUAAAGCUCUUAAAGCACUUGAGUUGUUAGAUGGUCUCUUUGAAACACACAAAGGCAACUGAAAAUAAACUUUUUAGAGAGCAGGGAGUGGAGUCUGGGUUGCACUUAACAGUUAGAGAAGAUGCCGUCUUCUUGAACUGAGAAAUUUAUUUUCCCACGUCUUUUUAAAAUUUCCUUAGUCUUGUUAAAACUGUCCAAUAUCCUCUCGAAGUAGAUAUAUCUUCCGCUCUUUAGCUCUUCUCCUUGUGAGGGCUUUGGUUCUUUCCCGGUUCUCCUUUAUGGCUCAGUCGCUUGAGCACCUUAAUGGGUUUAAACUUUGCCCCUUUUUUCUUCUGCUGGUUGCUCUCUGGUUCCUUAUGAAAGUCUGAUGGGGAUAAAAGUAAGAAAUAAAAUGACAUAGCAACUGCAUUGUCUAGAAGCAAAACUUAAAAUGGUACCAAAACUUUUUUUUUUUUUUUUUUUUUAAACCAAAAAUGAACUCAACAGAGCACUACUUUCAUGUUGUAGGAUACAGAGAUGCACUCUGUAGCAUCACUGUAGUUGAUUCCUAGGUUGACACUGGAUAAGAAUACGGUUUUUCUUCACGUGUUCAUCAUAGUGCCGUUAGUGGGGUUUUGUUUCCAGGUGGUUGAACAGCUCAGUUUGUUAUUUUGUGGCACACAUACAAGUUUCACGCAAUCUUUGAAUAUGGUUAUUUUUUACGUGUCCUAAAUCCAAAAUACUUCCAAAUGUGGGCUGAUUUUUUAAAAAAAUGUAACCACUAAAGGUUAGGUUUACUGAGAUGAAGAACGUCUUUUCUGAGAGUAUCUAGUUUGACAGAGUAGCUCUUUACAUUCUGCACCAGACAUUUGAUUUUCAUUUUGCACCUCUGCUCUGUGUUGUGUUAGUCAUCUACCCGAGACUGCAGCCACAACAUACAGGAAAUGUUUGCACAGGCUGCAGCUGCAGGAGUGCAUGCACAGCAGCAUGACGACUCCCCAACAGCGAACGUGAAACAUGCCUGUGUAGAUUCUCAGUCAUCAGCUUCAGUAAAAAUCCUACAAGAAACCUACAAGAGAAGUCCAGUUUAUUUUUACUGACGCUCCUACGAGAACGUGAAACAUCCUAAUCGCUCGUUUGUUGUGAGGCUACUUGUACGGCUGUUAGUUUAGGAAGCGCUUGAAAUAAUAUGCAGUGGGGUUUUCUAUGAGCAAACAUUUAAAAUGCUAAUAUCGCAGUCAACUUAAAUUACAACAUGCUGAAAGAUUAGUGUGAAAUUUUUAACCAGUGAUGCCAAAAAAAUUAAAAAAUAAAUACUGCCUAUACCAAGCUUUAAAACUCCAUUAUUUGUGCAGCCUGAACGCUCUUGUGUUAAAUCUGUUAAAUAUUAAAUAUCAUCCUACCUUUCUUCUUCAGCAUGGCCUCCAUGAGUUUGUCCUCCUCUUCGUCUCUGUUACAGAACAAGCAUUAAUUUGCAGAUAUUUACAAACAUCAACAAUCUGUCCUUUCUGUUCCGCUGCUGAGACACACAGUAACUAGCAGCUAUCGAUUACCUCUGCCUGUCCUGGUCCAUGUUGUUGACUAUUUGGUUGCGCUGUUCGAUGAUGGUAACCAGCUCAGCCAUAAGCUCCUGCUCCCGACUCUUGUCCUCUUCAGUCCAGUCUUUCUCUGGUUAACGGAGGGAACGGUGGAAGGAGAGCAAGAGUAAUUCAACCGUUUUUCCUGAGCUGCACUAGUACAUUAUGUGAAUGCACAAAGUAAAUAUUAGACAUUUUAAUUCUAAUCACUUUGUAGGUGUUCAGAAGGUUUGUACAUACUAAAGCAAGCACAGACCAUCAGUGAGUACAAAAAUAAAUGCACAUCUGUCAUUCUGUCAGGUAACAUUGUCAGCAGAGAGUAUUGUGUUCAUCAGUGUGUAAUUGACACGUGUAUUAAAGCAGCUGUUGUGUUUAUGGGUUGCACAAUUAAGAGUGAUCAAACAUUGCAGUGUGUGCAAAAAAAAUGUAGAGUGAAAACAAUGACGCCACAGAAUAUUAAUGACUAAAACUGAAGUGCAUUUCCCAUUUGCUGAGAGCAUCUGGAAUGAAGUUUUUUAACAUGAUAAUGACACCUGGUUUGUUGAGAAGACACCUCAGUUCGUACUCCACAUCAGCCUGCCUCUCCUCCAGGUUCUGCUGCUUCGCCCUACAGUGAACAAUAUACAAACUGUAUGUCAGGAAAUGUAACCUUAUAUAUGGCUCCAUACUUGAGAAUUACACUGUAUUACAUAUGUAUUUUGAGAAACACUUUGAUAUUGAUUUGACAUUAAAAGAUUCUCCGGUC